UACUGUGAUGCUUCCUUUGGUCUCCUGCUUCCGUUUGCUGCAGAUGUGGCCCUUCCUACUUCUGGCCUCCAUGGUCCCGCCACACAGCGCUUGGUCUCUUCGGCCCCGGGGUCUUUUGGCAACCCGACCGCUCUGCAGCCAUCGCAACCCCUCCGCCCCCAGAUCCGUUUGCCUCUGGGGCAAGACUCCGCCCCCAGAGAGAGGCUCUCGCGCCCCCUCGCUGCGCCAGAGGUCCCCGAUUCCCAAAGGGGCCGAGCGACGCGGUGUGGCACGGCUGAGGCGCCAGGCCCAGGGGAGUCGGCCUGCCACGCCCUCGGGGUUGGAGGAUGGCCUGUCCUCCUCGCAGUAUCCCUGGGCCAUAGUCUGGGGUCCCACGAUAUCGGUCGAGGAUGGAGGGGAUCCCAACUCAGCCAACCCGGGUCUCCCGCCACUGGGCUACACCUUUGUUUCAUCCAGCGGAAUGGCGACGGCGCAACCAAAUUCACACUCGCUGUUACAGAACGAAGGGCUUAACUUGCGCCAAACGCCGGCCACACUCAGGCCCUUCCUCUUUGGGCCCCCAGGAGAAG